UAAAAGUUAAGUAAAUAUGUCGUUUAAAACAGAUUUUCAAAAAAUCUUUAAUCAUUUCGGAAAAAGUAAAGAGAGCGUUGUUCAUGAUGUCGAAAUUAUCAAAAACUGGGUUAAAACACAGAAUCACCUACCGGAAAUACCAGCUGACACCAUGAUUACUUAUUUCUUAGUAAACAACAAUUUUAGUAUAGAGAAAACCAAACAAUCGCUAGAUAUGUAUUACUCAGUCAGAACGAUUAUCCCAGAUAUUUAUCAAAAUAACCUUCCUUUAUCAUCCACUACAAAGGGUUUGUAUGAAGAAGUAAUCACAGUACCACUACCAACGUUGACUCCAAAUUUGCAAAGAGUGAUUGUAGCCAAGAUUAAUGGCAAUCCCGAGAAGUUAGAUGGGGAUCAACCUAUACUAGUAAUGACUCAUUUAAAUGAAGUAAAAAUUUGGGAGGACCUUUCACUUGGAGAUAUUUAUGUUAUGGAUUACAAAAAUGUAAAACUGGGACAUGUAGCAAAAGCAACACCACAGCUGUUUAAAAAAUUGGAUUUUAUUUGCGAGGAAGUCUGGAAUAAUCAAAUUAAGGAAAUGCACAUUAUAAAUGCAUCUAGUGCAGCUGAUACUGUAAUAACAGUGAUGAGGAAGUACCUGUAUAGACGAUUAAGAGAAAAAGUUUUUGUCCAUACUUCUUUAAGUGAUCUUUACAAAUAUAUACCAAGAGAAAUAUUGCCUGAAGACUAUGGUGGUGAUGAAAAACCAAUGAAUGAAUUAAAAGAUUUAUAUUAUAAAACUCUUCAAAAACACAAACCUCGAUUUGAAAAACUGGAAAACAUGGUAGUUCAAGAAAAUCGACGUCCAUCUCCUUGUAAAAAUUGCGAUAUUUUGGGAUACUACGGUAAUUAUAUGAAAGUUGAUGUUAAUUAAAA